AUGGUUUCAAUACAAGCAGCAGAGACAAUAGUAGACAAUUACUCAAAUGAAAUCACCCAGUUGAACUUGCCAACCCUCAAAACCCUACAUCAUCACCACCACCAUCACGAUGGAUCCAACACCAACACCAUGCCAUAUCUAAACACAUCGCCCUACAUCGCGAAAUUCAAGCUUCAGCUCCUUCAAAACUCCCUCCUCCAAAUCUUGUCCCAGUUGAACAACGACCAUCUGAAAUCAGCCAAAACGAACAAGUCUCUCAUGCGGGUGAAACUCAAGCUCGAACAUUUGCUAGUUGACGAAAUCGACGAGAAGUUGUACGUAGUGGAUGAAUUGAUCAAACUCUACAAUUUCCAAAACACCCCGCCCGUGGAAACUGAGCCCCUAGGUGACCUAAUAGAGCUGAACCCGAACACGAACCUGAACCUGAACCUAGCACAAAAGCUAACGCGCCGAUCCACCUCUUCGUCAACCACCAUAACGGGCGACGAAAACCUCCUCGAGUUGAAACAGCGACUCCUCUCCAACUCAACCAAGCACCAAGACACCGCACACCAGCACCAGGACGACGACCCCGAAAAGCUCAACGCCUACCACGAGUCGCUCCAAGAAGACAUCUUGCACGAACUAUCGCAGCUCACGUCGCUGUUGAAACAGAGCGCAAUCACACUAAGCUCCAAGAUCCUAAGCGACGACUUGCACAUCUUGAACGAAACCAACGAGAACAUGAUCAAGAAUUCCAACUUGUUCAAAGUCAUCGACCGCAACUUGAACCACUACCUCGAGAACAAGACUGGCAAUCGCAUCAGCUUGUGGUUCUUACUCAAGCUUAUCGUGGUUGUCGUGGCGGUGUUUAUCGUGAUGGUGCUCUUUGUUGGUGUUGUGCCUCGUAUAUUGUAA